AUGUCGUUGCAAUUCUAACCUAAUGCUAUCUAAGUAUUAGGAGCAUUUUAGAGAGUCGGAUUAAAUUAAGGACAAGCUUACUAACCUGAUUAGAUAUAUUAAGCUUUAGAUCAAUUAGUAUAUUAAAAUUUAAGAAUAAUCAACAUAGACAGGCUAAGCUUAUGAUAGAGAUGUAGCCACUUAAAUUUAUGAACAAUGUACUCCAAAUUAAAGAGGAUAAGUUUAAAUUGAAGAAUUUUCACAGAUUUUGAUAUCUGCUGAUGCUAUGUUAAAGAAAAAGAUUAAUGAUACCGAAAAAUAAAUUUAGUAGUUGGUUGAGGAAUCAAGAGAUUGUUAAAGACAAGUAUAAGAAAUACAAUGUAUUUAUAUUUUAUAUUGAAGACACUCAAUAAUAAAAUUAAUAUGGUAUAGACACUGAUUCAUCACUUAAUUUAAUAAUAAAGUCAGCCUCAGGAAUAACAGUUUAAGAUUUUAUUUAAAGUUAUGUAUCAAUAUCAGUUGAUAAUAAUGAAUAAAUAGCUUAAUAAAGUGGAGGAGAUAAGUUUUAUCCAAUAUUUAAUGAGCAAUUAGGAUUGUAAAAAUAAAUUUUAUUUAUAUAUAGCUAAAUUAAAACUGGAAGAGAGAAUGUAACUCUGAGUUUAUUGAUCUAAGAUAGAAACUAAAAGAAAUCAUUAGUUGGACAAGCUAAAUUAGAUUUAGUUAAAUUAUAAGAUUAAUAAGUCCAAUCUCUCCAACUACAAUUAUAAAAUGAUAAAUAAUAAUUUGCUGCUCCAACUAUUUAAUUUGAGAUUUAAUGGAUUCAUAAUAAAGUAUAUACUUAAUGAAUAUUUAGCUAAAAUAUUACUAAGAACUGAUCUCAAAAUUCGAAGCUGAAAUUUAAUAACAUUAUAAUGAUAUUGAAGAUUACAAAAGAGAUUUAUUUGUAGUUUAAUAACCUUUUAUGGAUAAAAACUAAAGAUAGAAUCUUUAAUCCUCUUUGAAACCAUAGACAUCUUCAAAAGUGCAAACUAAUUCUGCUCUGCUUUAUUAAUAAUAAUAAAACUAACCAUAAAUAUAUAAGCCUACACCACCUUAAUAAUCUUAAAGAUAGAAUUAAGAUAAUAUUCAACCACAAUUUCAGGGAGAAGCAUCAGAAGAACUUAGUGAUGAAAUAUAUUAUGGAUUCAUCUUGUAUCUUCUGAUGAUUGUGUUAUCCAUGUUCUAAUGCUUUGCAAGACCAGCCUAUGUGGAUGUAAACUUCAGAUUAUAGUCUUAUAGAUUUUAUUAGGGAUUUUGUACUUGUUGAUUAUCAGUAGAGAUUGCUUUACUCCAGAAUACUUAAAAAUUGUAGGGGCAAUAACAGUUUUUAGCAUAGUUUUAGAUAUUUUUUGGAUAGCAAUAUACAAAGUAAUUUUGUACUAAUAUUAUAAUAGAAUUGGUGGAGUGGUACAGAUAAAACUUUACCCACUUGGGGAGAAGCAGGAGAUCCUAUUGUCAGAAUAACUAUAGUGUUUUGCAUAUUUAAUAUGAUUUUAAAGGUAAAAUAUUCUUAAUUAUAAUUAGACUGCCUUGUGUUAUAUAAUAUUUCAUUAUUAUAAAGCAGCUUAAUCAAGUUAAGUCUUAAAGAUCAAAGCAUGGUAGUUUGAAUUUUAGAUUGGAAUAUUAAAAUAAAAUCUCUUUACUUCAGACAAGAGACUCUUAUCUUGA